AUGGUCAUCGUGAAGGAUAUUGAAAUGUUCUCCCUAUGCGAACAUCACUUGGUGCCCUUUAAUGGAAAGGUACACAUCGGGUACAUUCCGAACAAAAAAGUCCUGGGCCUUUCAAAACUGGCUCGAAUCGUCGAAAUGUUCAGUCGACGACUUCAAGUGCAAGAACGGCUAACAAAACAAAUAGCGACAGCAAUGGUUCAAGCGGUUCAGCCUGCUGGUGUCGCCGUAGUAAUCGAGGCUAGCCACAUGUGCAUGGUUAUGCGUGGAGUUCAAAAGAUCAACGCCACCACAUCCACAUCCUGCAUGCUUGGAGUUUUUAGGGACGAUCCAAAGACGAGAGAAGAGUUUUUGAAUCUCAUCAACAAACGAUAA